AUGUUUGACGAUCAAGACUUGGGUUUCUUCACCAACUUCCUGGGGAUCUUCAUCUUUGUGUUGGUCAUCGCGUACCACUUUGUGAUGGCAGACCCGAAGUAUGAGAACUGAUCGCCUUUUGUUUAGCAAUGAGACCGUAUUAUACUUGGAGCAAAUAGGGAAAUGUGUCUGUUAAUGGUAACAGAGCGCUUGACAGAUCUUCUUAAGUGCAAUUACCUGGCAUUGUGACUUGAAUCAUGUUUAAUCUGUUGAACAAGUGAACUGUGGAGAUUUCGAAAGAUCGAUUUACUAUC